GGUUGUAUUGUGAAGCCAGCAGAUGUCGCUGCCACACAACUGCUACACCUACGGUAAAGCAGCGUUGUAAGCUAAAAUGCCCAAAAUAGUAGCAUUUUUCGGCGUCACUCUCAUCAUACUGAUUGGUUAAAUAUAACAAAUAAACUCUUAUUUUUCAGCAUGCCUCAUAUUUACACUAGACACAAACAGUGCUUGUAGUUUGGUCCACUUUGUACUUAAGCGCUAUAGUCCGAACGGUACUGUAAAGUUAGGAAAGUUAGAGCCACGACAGGAAACAGAUUACAGACAUUACAUCUUGCCUUUAGAAUUAAUUUACAAAUAUAUGAAGACCAAAGAUUAAAAACACUUACACGAUUCACGCAUGCAUUGGAGACACGUGGUGGAAAACAACGCUGUCGUUAAAAAUUAUAGCAAGAAAAAGGGGUUUUAAACUUCUUUAGACGCGUCAAUCGCGAGCAUUAUUUUCCAAAGCAAAGCGGAAGUAGCUCGUGUCGUUUUGUUCCGCUUGACGCUCCUCAGUCUCGUGCGGCUCAGUGAGUUGCGCUCCUGGGCUGCGUGUCCACAUCAGCUGGCCAUGUGCGAUGUAAUGCCAGGUGGGGCGACUGCUGCCACCUUCAUGCUAACAGAGAUGGAUUAUGAACAUCAUCUCAGCUCUGCAAAAAACUAAACCAUCAUCACUGAGCAGAGAUAAUGGACCCAAACUUCAGAUCCAAGAGGAAGGCAACAUCCUUGACCAAUCAGCGUGACCUUAGAUGAAGCUAAACCGCUACGUUGACCGUAUUAAUUCAACAGCUACCUGUUAAUAUGCUGACAGAAGUUUGCUGAACACCUUCGCCUCGGGACUUAUUGGAGCGGCAGAGGAACAGUCAGCGUUUGCCUCAGUCCAGUGGACAAGCUGUGCAUCUAUGGUUUCAUCUGCAGCCAUGGGGAAGGAACAGGACCUGCUGGUGGCGGUGAAGAACGGAGAUCUUCUGCAGGCUCACAAGCUCCUCUCUAAAGUCAAGUGCAACAAAACCAAGUUGCUGGGCUCCAACAAGAAACUCAACAUCAAUUACCAGGACUCAGACGGCUUCUCUGCGCUGCACCAUGCUGCUCUGACGGGCACCACUGAGCUGCUGUCACUGCUGUUGGACUCCCAAGCCACGGUGGACAUCAAGGACAUCAACGGCAUGCGUCCUCUCCACUAUGCGGCGUGGCAGGGAAAAUCCGACUCUGUUUUACUGCUGCUGAGAGGGGCGGCUUCAGUCAAUGCUCCUUCCCAUGACGGACAGAUACCCUUACAUCUCUCUGCGCAGUAUGGACAUUACGAGGUGUCUGAGAUGCUGCUGCAGCACCAGUCUAAUCCCUGCCUCAUGAACAAGGCGAAGAAGACUCCUCUGGAUUUGGCCUGCGAGUUUGGCCGACUCAAGGUGGCUCAGCUGCUGCUCAGCAGUAACAUGGUGUCAGCGCUCUUAGAAGGAGAGAGAGGGAACGACAGUCUGGAUUCCCCCUCCACCACUCCCCUCCACCUGGCAGCCAGGAACGGACACAAAGACGUAAUCAAGUUGCUGCUUAAAGCCGGCAUCGACAUCAACAGAGCCACCAAAGCGGGGACCGCUCUGCAUGAGGCCGCCCUCUACGGCAAGACGGAAGUAGUGCGGCUGCUGCUCGAUGCAGGGAUCAACGUGAACCUGCGCAACACGUACAACCAGACAGCUCUGGAUAUCGUCAACCAGUUCACCACUUCCACGGCCAGCAGAGACAUCAAGCAGCUGCUAAGAGAAGCGUCCAGUUCCCUCCAAGUCAGAGCAGUGAAGGACUACUGGAAUCUCCACGACCCCACUGCGCUCAACCUGCGUGCUGGGGAUCUUAUUAUGGUCCUGGAGCAGCACUCAGACGGCCGCUGGAAAGGCCACAUCCAUGACAGUCAGCGGGGGACCGACAGGGUGGGCUUCUUCCCGCCUUCAGUGGUGGAGGUCCUCAGCAGGAGAGCAGGGGGCGCUCUCUCCCGCCAAGGCUCAAUGCCAUCCCAGAGACCACAUCCUGCAUCCAGACCUCCUCCCUCAGGCCCCGCCCCUCAGACAGAUGACUCAUACAUCCUCGGCUAUGACCCCGCAGGUGCUUCACCGGCCAGUCAGUUCUCAGCCCCAGCAACCCCCCCUCAGGACAUUUGGGUCCUAAGGAGCUCUCCCACUGGCGACAGGAACAGCGUUGGUAGCACAGGCAGUGUGGGCAGCAGCCGCAGCGCCGGCAGCGGCCAGAGCUCAGAGAGCGGCCGCAAGCAGAACGGGACUCACAUCCGCCACCACGCUGACGCUGGCAAGGUGGCUCCCUCUGCAGGUGAAACUAGAGAACAGGUCCACAAUACAGCAGCUGACCAAAGAAAUGGUGGUUCUCGCCGACAGGCCAACAGCACUCCUCAGAAAGGCUUCGUCAGACCAGAACAGCUUCUGGAGGGCAAGGACUCUGAAGCUAUCUACCAGUGGUUGUGUGAGUUCCAGUUGGAGCAGUACACUUCCAACUUCAUCAGAGCGGGAUACGAUGUACCUACCAUCAGCAGGAUGACUCCUGAGGAUCUCACUGCUAUCGGGGUGACCAAGCCGGGCCACAGAAAGAAGAUCUCAUCAGAGAUCAGCAAGCUGAACAUCCCCGAGUGGCUGCCAGAUUACAUUCCCUCGGACUUGGGGGAGUGGCUAAGCGUGAUUGGUCUGCCUCAGUACCAAAAGAGAUUGUGUGACAAUGGCUACGACUCCAUUGCGAUCGUUAAGGACAUCACCUGGGAGGACUUACAAGAAAUAGGGAUCACCAAACUGGGUCAUCAGAAGAAGCUAAUGUUGGCUGUGAAACGACUCUGUGACCUGCAGCGCUCUCGUAAUCAGGUUGAUAGGACAGGAGAGGGAACUCUCAGGAGAAAGCCAAUGGCUGCGCUAGAGCUGGUGGCUAUCGAACACACACCAACGCACAUCGUUCACUCUCAUGGACACUCUGAUGCCCCAUCUGAAAACUGCUGCCCUUCCCCUCGCACCCCCAGGGCUCUCCUCUCCUUUCAGGACUGCGAGCUGAGUGCAGAGCUGCAGAGCGCUAUGAUGGGCAAGGUGGGGGGAUCGGCGUCGGAGGCUUUCGGCAUGAGAGGAGUGCCCCCCUCUGCUGUCAUAGCUGCUAUGUCUGUCAGUCAAGAAAGUAUAAGCAGGCGUUCGCGGGGCUCAGGGAGGUCGGGAAAUUCAAAUUCGGGAAAUUCCCAUGAUCACCAAACGACACCGUGUUCUAGCAGAACGUCUUGUAGGCCUGAGGAGAAACUGGAUACUGGGGGAGUGGAGGAGGCCAAGAACAGCCAAAGCAGCCCUGGAGGUAGAAGUAAGCAGAUGUCUGCUGAGAUGUGGGACCAUCAGAGUUGGGCUGGUGUCCCAGAGAAACACCCUUUCUCCACCGUAACACCUCCGCUAACCCCAAGCAAGAUGCCCCGCUUUGCUUGCCCCGCAGUUCCACCCAAGUCCAAACACCUGCAGUCCCCCAACCGCCUCUAUCAACCUCAGUACCACCCCCACCACCAGCCUCCCUCUUCUCCAUCAUCGCCAUCCCCACAACCCUCUCCCACAAAGAAGUACUUCAAUCACCUGCAGGCUCAGGCAGGAGCUGUCAACGGCCCUCCACGAGUACUUUCUAAACCCCUGCCUGGAGCCAUCCCUGUGCUUAGACCCCCACCCACACAGGUCCAAGGGGACGACACUCGGAGAGGGUCACAAAAUAAGCGCAGCCAAAGUUUGAAUCGCUACGCUCUGUCCGACGGAGAGCCAGAUGAGGACGAUGACCUCCCUCUUCCCUCUUCCUCAGCUUCUUCCGUAACCAUGCCGCCCUACGCCACGCUGUCUCGCAGGCCGGGACGUGCCUCAGGACCCCCACGUCAAGUCAACCGCAGCCACUCCUUCGCUGUGCGCUCUCGACACAAAGGUCCGCCUCCCCCGCCGCCCAAGAGGAUGAGCUCAGUGAGUGGCAGUCCCACAAGACAGCAUAGCGAGUCAGGCAGGAAGGCGGCAGAGCCAGAGUUGAAGGCCGGGGUAGAGACAGAUAGUGCAGGCAGCGUGAGGAGCAUCGCUGCCAAGCUAGAAGGCAGCAGCAGUUGCAGCAGCCCAUCGAGGAGGAUAGACAUACCACCGACCUAUGUUCACGUUUCACCUGUUCCCAGCCCAGUUUCCUCUUCCUCACCAAUCGCUUAUGGAUUACCAUCGCAUAUUAUUCUACAGCAUUCCAAACCUGUCCCCGCUUUGGGUUUGGGAGGCUUAAGGAGGGUAGGAAGUGAGAGGACAGAAGGCGACACUGACAGACACAGAGGUGGAAGUACAGAGGAAACAACUGAAGAGAAACUGAAAGCAAGAAAAAGUGAAAAACUGUCUAGGAGUUCUUCUGUGUCACCAAAGACCAAUUCUGGGAACCAUCUACCUUUUGCUGAAGAAGGCAAUCUUACUAUCAAACAACGACCCAGGAUAGCCAUUGUUACCCAGGCAGACACAGACAGUAGGUCUCCAACAGAUAGUCCAGUUCAGACCCAGAACAGCUUGGAGCCUCCGGAGUUCAACCUGAAAGAGUCUGAUACUGUAAAAAGACGGCACAAAUCCAAAGACAAAGGUGCUUCCACACCAGAAGAAGCUACUACUCCCAACCAAGAGGAAGACCACCUGCUGCUUACCAGUCCACACACACAUGUUGAAGUCAGAGGUGUAAAUAAAGGAGAGGCAGAGACACCAGGGAAUGCUUUCCUUAGAGUUGGCUCGGUGGGCAAAGGUUCAAAACCUACUGUAUCCUCAAAACCUUCCACUCCUCUAAAACAAACCCCUAACGGCAGUCUAGUGAGCCCUCAAAAAAUUGAUCCGACGGCACGGGUUACCGCGCAAACAGCCAUUCCAAAUUUGACCAGUGUGCAGAUACACACUGUCUCUCCAAAACUGAGCGGCAGCUUUCACAUCCAGACAAGCAUGCAGAGCCCUAAGCCCGUUGCGCAUUUACAGACAGUUGGGUCCAAGCCGGACUGUCCGCUGAAAGCCGCUGCUCUGCCUGCAUCAGGGCUCUCUCCGUCCAACGCAACGCCCAUUUCAGCAGGAGGAACAAAUCUCCAGAUAAUCCAAAGCGUCUGUUUUCCUGCUCCAUCCUCCACGACACUGAGCUCCUACUCCCCUAACUCGGCCUCGUCAGGUCAGUCAAGGAAAUCGGGGGGAUCUCUGUCUGGUGUAGCAGGUCUGGAGGUUCUGGCCCAGAAGAGACUGGAGCAAACCAGUACGUCACUAGAGGCUGCUCUCAAAGUGGUGGAAAACGAACUCGCACAUGGCAGCAGUGUGGAUGGCUGCAGUAGCAGCAGUUCGGUGAAGGCAGCUGGGAAUAUUCUGGACGACAUCGGCAACAUGUUUGACGACCUGGCGGACCAGCUGGAUGCCAUGUUGGAGUGACGCCCCGGCCUACCUGCUUCUUCCAAAACCAGCCACAGAUGAAACGGCUGAAGCUCGGCACCUGUGAUGCACCUUGGACAUGCAGACUCCUCCUCAGGCCCUCUGGAUGGAUCAGUGAGGGGCACGUCUGAGGAUUUUCCAGCACAAUAUUGUCCUGUUUUUUUUUUCUUUUUGAUUUUAAAUCCCCAGCACUUGGCCUCAGGACACACAUUUGGGAAUGUUCCUGGAUGGACAACAAACAGUAGCAUGAAAGAUCAGCCUGUAUAUAUCUGCUCAGUGUGCGAUGACUUGAGGGAAAAGCUGGUCCAUCGUACAUGUAAAUACAGAGAAAAAUCUGAUGGUGGCGCUCUGUCACAGCUCUUUAUAUGGAAUAUUUUAACCUAGAGUUAUAUUUAUACUGGUAAUGUUUUUUUUUUUAACAAUAAUGACUGAAUUAGUGUACAUAGUUAUAUGUAUAUUUUGCAGCUUUAUGUCAGUAGGACGUUCGAUGCAUUGACAGAAGCUAGUUUUAACAUGUUUUUACCAAACUGUCGGUGAACAAAUCACUGGACUUCUCUGAACUGACAGCUGGGAUUAGUCACAGCUCGCUUCAGGGUGCUAAGACGAGAACGCACCGUUAACCAGCGGCUUCCAAAAAAACGGGUAACACCCAUGUAUUACUUCUUACAUUUCAGACGAGGUCAGUGUGUUUGUUGGCAGGCAGGGAAUGUCCUGUGUUUCACGAAAACUGUGGGAGUCUGUGUACCUGUGGGUGCCUGGAUUGUGACUAAAUUAUUUUAGUAGAGGAAAAUGUUUUGUUUUCUUAUAAGUAAGGUGUUCAGCUGUGUGUAUUCUGAGAUUUUUUCCCAAGUCUUCUGAUGAAAAUAGUUUCCUCAAACUGAUGUGCUUCAUGCCAUGUCAGUCCCGCAAAAUGAAUUUCUCGAGUCCACAUUUGAAGUUUUUGUCACGCCGCUGUUUACAUUCCAGCCAACAUGUGGCGCUGAAGCUGCAGAUACCUUUGAGUUGGAGUAGUUCUUGUCACAGAGAGCAGAAUAACUCUUUUCAUGCAAAAUUAUUAGCUUCAUUUAUUGUGACUGAGACCAACAGGGAUGUAAUUCAGAGUUCAGCACCUUAAUUGCUCAACGUGGGAAAGGUAUCUGUUGCUACUACCAUUAAAAUCAGCAAUCUCCAUCAAAACACACCAUCCAAAAGUUAGUCGCUACCCUUUCUGACAACUCGUCCAUUUUGCUGUUAAUACUCAUUGGGACUGGCUUUAUCAACCAUUUCAGGUUGAGCUUUCUUGUGUGUUUGCAGAUCAGAAAAGCAGAUUAAAGAGUAAUUAUUUUCAUUUUUGUACCAUAAUAUAUAUCUUUUUAGUUUGUGGUCAGCAAAGUUUUGUGGUUCUAUAUAGUUAAAAAUUUUCAUAAGUCUAAAAAAAAACAAUUAAAACAUGUUACAGGUUAAUAGCAUUAUUUCACAAAUACUUCAUUAUGUGUCAAUAUUUAAAUCCUGUGACAUGCUGGAUAUUUAUUUGUCUUCAGUUUCUCCAUCUGCUGAUAAAAGAUUCUAAGUUUUGUUUUUGCUCCAUUAUUAUGGCAAAUAUCCCAAUUAUCACCAAAUUACACCUGGAUUUAUAGAAGACAUUGUGUUAGGAGGACACUUUGUUCAUGGCAAUGUUCGUUAGGCAACCUCUGGGCCAAAAGGUUCCCCGACACGUGGAUUGGUUUAGCAUUUAGCGAAAACUGCUGUUCACGAGGAUCUGCACUGGUGGCAAAAUAAUUUUGACAAUCUUGGGUGUCCUGAAUUCUUCACCACUACAAAACAUUUCAUUUUAAAAAACCUGGUGAAAACUAUUUUUUUCCCAGGUGUGUCACUGAAAGAUGCCUUUGUGCAUUUAAAAAAACAAACAAAAAAAAUCCUCAGAAGCUGCAAAGUUUGCACACCAUUGGAGAUUUAGUCUGUAUUUUGAAAACCCCGAAUUUGCAUUUCAUUUUAACAAUUUGAGGGGGGUUUCCUUUAAAACCUAAAUGUUUGGCAGUAAAAUACAGUAAUUUUGUUAUAUUUCUAAGAACUUCUCCCAGUUGUGGAGAUUUCAUUAUUGUAAUCCACAGAUUGACAGUCAGGAAUAUUUUUUGCACCGUUUGAUUUCUCUGUUAUUUAUAUUUCCUGCUGAAUUCUGUAUCAUCCUGGAAAGAAAUGAGACCAAUAGUUGCAUCCUGUUGUAGUCCACCUAGAAAUAGUAUGUCUCUUUGAAAAAAAGUUAAUAAAAAAUAUUUUGCUAAUUUUUUUUGUAAGUGUUUAAUCUCAGGUUUUCUAACACUAAGAAGAUUUUAAAGUCAUCUUGGAAAUUUCCGCUGUGAAACGUAAGGAACCACUGACUCCAGGAUCACAUAAUGGACAUCACAACACAGACUCAACUCUGUUUGAUCCAAAUGCUAUAUUUUGUUUAUCAUUACAUUUUACAGCACAGAACAUAUAUAUUUUUUUUUUUUUUUUAUUGGACCAGCAGGUGCAGCUUUAAAAAUGGAACCGAUUUUAUCAGAAUCAACAGAAUAA